GUAAUGAAAAACACAGUAUUCAGGUUGCUUCUCAACAAGAAGAUGGUGAACCUACACUACAAGACAUGGCUGUACUUAUUGAACAAGUCACUGGAGUUCCAGUUCCUUUUCAGAAACUGAUAUACAAAGGGAAGUCUCUGAAAGAAUUGGAACAACCAUUGUCAGCACUUGGUGUUAAAAAUGGUUGCAAAGUCAUGUUGAUUGGGAAAAGGAAUAGUCCAGAAGAAGAGGCUGAAUUGAAGAAGUUAAAAGAUUUGGAGAAGUCAGUGGAGCAAAUAGCUAAUAAAUUAGAGGAAGUUAAUAAAGAGUUCACAAGUAUCCAGAAGGGAUUUUUAGCAAAGGAUCUCCAAGCAGAAGCACUAAAACAGUUGGAUAAGAGGAUAAAAGGAACUGCAGAGCAGUUCAUGAAGAUCCUGGAACAGAUUGAUUCUAUUAGUCUGCCAGAGAAUUUCAGUGAUUGCAAACUGAAAAAGAAGGGGUUGGUGAAAAGGGUUCAGGUUUUUCUUGCCCAGUGUGAUACGAUUGAAGGAAAUAUUGGUCAAGAAAUGGACAAGCUACAGUCAAAGAAUUUGACAUUGGCAGAAUGAGGCAUUGCCCUAUGUAAUUAGGAAAUGUAAUUGCUCUAUGAGCAAGAAGAAAAGUUUGCUCUUUGUUUUGGAGCACAUAUCCAGUUUUGUUUUGUUUUCUAAAGCCCAGUCUGUUAGACUGGUACUAGUCAAUCAUUUCUUGCUGGUUGUCUUGUUUGCCGCUUGGUUAGACCUAUUAUUUUGAAAAGAAAAUCCUUCCUGAAGAAUUGCAGAAAUAAUAUUUGUGGUGAAUUGUUAUGUAUCUCAUGGACAAAUGUUUAGUUAAGUAACUUACAAAGUUUGCAGUGAUGGGAAGUUUUGUCUGAUAUGUCUUUGAAUUUAUUUACAGCUUAAAUCAAAGAAGGUCUAUAAUUGCACAAGUGCUGUAAGUUGCAAUUGUAGGGCUUCAGCUUGAAUGAAAAAGGCAAACUGAGACAACAUCUGGGAAAGUCGAACACUCUACUAGACAGUUCAGAGCAAUAAAAAAACCCUCCACAUUUGUUUCUACUUAAUGUUUGUAUGCAUUUAUAAAUAUAAGAAAGCUUAACUAUAAGGGAGUCGUACCUAUUUUAGCCUUAAAUUGUCAUAAUAAAUGGAAUGUACUGUAACAUGUAUGGUACUUAAUUUUGAGUGGUGCUUUAAGUUGUUACUGAGCUCCUUGAUACGGAUGUUUUUUACA